GACCGUAUCGGACUAAUAUUGGUUGAAACUUGUUUCAUCCAGAUAUUCGGAAAGUGCUUCUACGAUCGAAGAGUCUCCAAGAAUCUUCCAAUCAUGCCGAUGGAAUUUUUGGAACGGUUUCCGGUCCCCAGCCUACGUGUCUACACCACCAUAAGCUUUGCUACACUCUUCUGCUCCAUAUAUUAUGCUGCGCAGAUAAUUAAGGAUCCCGCUUGGAGGACAAAUCACACGUACAUCGACGUAGGUGUUAACGCUAUCGUCCGAGACGAUGCGAGCGACCCAAGGAGCCUCGGCACGCACCUGAAAGAACUGCUGGAAUGUAUGAUGGAUGAGCCUGUCUGCAUAUGGACUUCGGUCAACAUGGCUCAUUGUGUGCUGAUUCUCCUCGCCAAGUUCAUUCAGAAGCUGGUGUUCGGGGAGCUGCGUGCUUCAGAGCUACAGCAUCUAAAGGACAAGUUCUGGAAUUUUGUCUUUUACAAAUUCAUCUUUGUUUUUGGCGUCUUGAACGUCCAGUACAUGGACGAGGUGCUGCUCUGGUGGGCAUGGUUCACGGCGCUCGGCUUCCUGAGUCUUUUCAGCCAACUCUGCAAGGAUCGAUUCGAAUAUCUGUCUUUUUCACCCACAACACCAGGAUGGAGUCACGCGCGCCUUCUUGGUUUGCUGGCGGCGAUAUUCGCACUAUCUUCCUUCAUGCUUCUAUUGUGCACCGCUGCAGCCUUUUUCUUCGUAUCUUUCAACACCUUCGCUUUCAUGGCAUCUGAGUGCAUCCUACUCGCAGUCCGUACUAUACACGUGAUAAUACGCUACGUGAUUCAUCUAUAUGACACACGUGGUGCUGGCACCUCGGCGCAACGCUCCUGGGACAAACGCGGUCCCUUGACCUACUACACGGAUCUGACCUCGGAAUUAAUCGUACUGGCGGUCGACUUUCUUCAUCAUGUUCACAUGCUUUUAUGGAGCAACAUAUUUUUGAGCAUGGCAUCAUUGGUGAUUUGCAUGCAGCUGAGGUAUCUGUUCUACGAGAUACAACGUAGGAUUACCAAACACAGGAACUAUUUGGCCGUGUUGAAUCACAUGGAGCAGAAUUACCCUAUGGCGUCGCAGGAUGAAUUGGCAGGCAAUUCUGAUAAUUGCGCAAUAUGCUGGGAGAAGAUGGACAGUGCUCGCAAAUUACCCUGCGCCCACUUGUUUCACAAUUCGUGCUUGCAGUCCUGGCUAGAACAGGACACAUCGUGCCCCACUUGCCGAUUACCCUUGAGUAUGCAAGCGAAUCAUCGAGAGAAUAUUCCGGAAAUGCCGCCCGAAUCGCAGACACCUACGAGAAGAAACGACAAUCACUUCUUCCAUUUCGACGGAUCGAGAUACGUGUCUUGGUUGCCGAGCUUCUCCGUCGAAGUCUCGCACAAUAGAUUGCGUGGCAACAUUUCCACAUUGGCACAUACCAAUUCUCAGAUGGAUGCUAUGGCGAGACAAGUGCAGCAACUUUUCCCUCAUUAUCCUCGCAACGUCAUCCUGGAGGAUCUUAGAAUGACCCGGUCGGUCGAGUGGACAGUUGAGAAUAUAUUAGAUGGGAUAUUAACUGUCCCGCAUCAUUUAAUCGAAGAACCACAAGCGGAAUCCGUCCCAACACAAACGACCAUGACAAAUAUUGUGCCCAGUUCUUCGGUCCAAAAUCCGUCGGACCCCAGACUCGAUAUUCCAUUUGCCGACAGUGGAGAGGAGCCCUCGAGUCUCGGUGGACGCUUUUCAAAGUCACCCGCUGAGAGAGAGAUCAUACUUCAGCGGCGUAAAGAACAUAUGCGAUUGACAGCGCGCAGAAGAUAUUUAGAAAAGCAUCGAAAAUCCGAGAACGAUGAGGCUUCAUACAGCUUGAAAAUGGUAAACCGCAGUUAAAAUUCGAAAGAUUAGGCGUGACAAAUUUUACUAAGAAUAUCGAGAGGUUGUAAAUUCGACGACAAGAUACACUCACGAACGGCUGUUGAGCCAACCACUCGAUGGCAUUGAGCAGUAGCGACAAGAGCUAUAAUGAGUCGAUUAAAUUGUAGUGUGGAAGAUGGAGCUAGAAUAUUUUUACGUAAUUUUACUUAAAUAUCAUGCCGGAGGUAAAACUUACCACGCAAAUGACGUGUAAUAUACAUCUGCUUUUCGGGGAAAUAAAUCGUUUGAAUUAUUAUUACACUUAUACAAUCCAACUUUGUUAGGCUUCGAUAAAAGAUUAUAAAGAUUAUAUUAUUGUUCAAGUUUUCAACGAGCUAAAGCUUCUUUUUUUUUAACAUUUUGCGAUUACACGAGAUUAAUAAUUUUCCUCGUGAAUAUACGCGCUUAAUAAAGUCGAAACAUAUAGAUAAAUCGUUAUGCUUAUUGCUUCUUUUCUGUGAAUUAAUUGCAUAUACAUAUCUAUUAUUCUAUUUUAAUAAUAUGUACCGGAGCGGAGAAUCACUCUGAGAAUAGAGGAUCACUCGUAAGUAGAUAAAACGCUUAUACGAAAAAGAAAAAAAGAGAGAGAGAGUGAGAGAGAAAAUUAACAUUUUUUAAUUUCUUUUUACACAACAUCCUAUAUAUAAUUUGUAAAAUAAUUUGAUAUAAAACAUAUAAAUAGAUCGGAAUUUUGGUUGGAAUAAUAGUUGCACUAAAUUUUAAUUUAAUGUAUGUAUCUAGUGCCAUAAAAAUAAUUUGACACGUGCCAAUCCAACGAGUUAUGGGUUCAGCUGUACUUCUCGAAAUUUCAGUAACUGUUUAAAAAAAAUAAUGUACGUGUAAAUUGGGAUUUGUGUAAAAUAUGUUUGUCGAUUUGUACAGGUGUGUCAAUCGACGAAUGUGUUCCGUAUUUACGAGGGAUAUAUAAAAUGUAAAACUUUAGAUUUUGGGACGCAAUCAUCCACUCCAUAUUUGAAUCUAUUAAUAUCCAAUCGAAUUAAAUAUCAGAUACGUACGUGUUUCAUUAUUUUCAUUAUGCAGAAAGAUUUCUUUAAUAUUUGAGAAAAUUUCGGUGCAAGACAAACAUGUGUAUUCCAGAAUUGCGUUUUUUUUCUUUUUUCCAUAUUCUAAGGUUGACGUCAGAUAUUAGAUGGAACUUGUAAAAUAAACUCGUUUCGCACAAACGGCGAAGAUUGUAGUAACGAGUUGUAAAUCUUGUAUAAAAUUUAGAUUCGUAUGCAGUGAAGAUGAGAUGGGGCUCAGAAAUUCGUGGUGUUUGUGCAGCGAAUCUUUCCAGAUCAUUUGUUGCCUUGUUGACAUUUCCAAAGAUCGAAACCGAUAUAAUUUCCGUGGGUUACCGUAUUUAGAUACCAUAGAUAUGCGACAAUGAAAUCUUUAGACUUUAAAUUCUUUGUUAUUCACGAGAAAAAGGAAAUAUACGUAUACGAAGUCCUUCAUCUGUAGUAUCAAAAAUUGAACUUAUCGGAAUUAUACUGGUUUCAAUCCUUACUUUCUAAUGACGCAAAACAUGCUAGUUGUUAUUUAAUAUAAAUUUGCAACAUGUAAAUAAUUGUCAUGUUGGUUAGUAUAAAUAAAAGCUCCGGUCCGCUCCAUCGGUCGCAUCGCGAGGAGAAUUAUGCUAUCAACCGGAGAAAUUUGACUUCACGAACUUUCCUGAUAACAUAGCCAAGGCCCUAAUAAUGAAGAAAAAUUCUAAUAUACUUAAACUAAUGUAGUUACUCUUAAUUUUAACUAAUAUUAACACAUUGAAAAUCCUAGUUGAUGAAAUGAGUGAUCCUGAAUUUGAUGAAAUAUUUCAUGACUCGUUAUUUAUUAUCAUAACAAUGCAAUCUAUGUAAAUGAAUGAUAUAUUAUGUUAAUAAUAAUAUUUACAGCUUCAGUUUUCUAGCUUGAUCGUGUGAUUAAUUUGGUACGAACAUUUACUUACAUUUGAAUACACCGUGCGCGCGUGCAAGAGAGAGCAGGUACAUAUGUAUAAUUAUAGAUCUAUAGAAUAUAAAUGUGUGUGUGUUUGUAUGAUAUAUAUUCAUGAGUUAUUUGUGUAUGUGAGUGAAAAAAUAGAGACAUUUGCGCAAACGUCUGCACCGAACAAAUGAGAAAAACUUAUUUUAUUAAUGGUGUUGACAUUACCCAUCGUUGUACUAAAAUUUUAUAAAAUAUAUUAAUCGAGUUAUUUA